AUGUCUGCCAGUGCUGGUGCAUCCCAAUCAUCUCGCUCCACGGUUUCUGCAGGAGGUACUAGUGACACUGCUUCCGUGGGAGGCACGAAUACCACUUCCUCCUCUACUUCGAGUAGUGAUGCGAGUGGCACGUUGAGUGCAUCCGAGCACUCAUCGUCGCUCUCUCACCAAGGCUCAGCCUUACUUGCAGACACUGGAUCUGCCGAUAAUACACAAACGACUCAACUGCCUGUCGGCCAAGAAGUGGUUGAGAACCCCAUCGGCAGGUUCUUGUCCGAUACAGACAGCCCAUUCGCUAUGUUUCGCGACGCCAACGGCGAUCCUGUCACUGUUGGACGUGCUGGACCAUCCAUGGCACAGACCAUAGACAGUAUCCUCAACCCUCCCGAGUAG